ACAGCGACAAGACUAACGCCCCCCAGACAAGAUGGCCGAGCAGAAGACCGCCCCCACCAACCCCAUGAAGGAGCUUCGCAUUGACAAGCUCGUCAUUAACAUCUCGGUCGGCGAAUCCGGUGAUCGUCUGACGCGGGCGUCCAAGGUGCUGGAGCAGCUCACCGGUCAGACCCCGGUGACCUCGAAGGCGCGGUACACCGUCCGUCAGUUCGGUAUCCGUCGUAACGAGAAGAUCGCGGCGCACGUCACGAUCCGGGGGCCGAAGGCGGAGGAGAUCCUCGAGCGCGGCCUGAAGGUGAAGGAGUACGAGCUCAUCCGCCGCAACUUCUCCGAGACCGGCAACUUCGGGUUCGGCAUCCAGGAGCACAUCGACCUCGGCGCGCGCUACGACCCCACGAUCGGUAUCUUCGGCAUGGACUUCUACGUCGUGAUGGGCCGCCCGGGCGCGCGGGUGGCGAGGCGGAAGCAGAAGAAGGCCCGUGUCGGGUUCUCGCACCGUAUCAAGAAGGAGGACACGAUGGCGUGGUUCAAGCAGAGGUUCGACGGUAUCAUCUUGGCGAAGUAGAGAGGAUUUGUAUCAUCAGUUUUUAUGCCGUCGCUCUCUCCGCUAUGAUCCUAUUGCUCGCCAUGUACUCCCCACCGCACAUGCACCAAAAGCACCCUACCAUGGCAU